ACGAGAAACUACUAACAUUCCUGUGGAACCAAAGUAGAAUUUAUAAGAACAUAAUGGAUGGAGAAGAGAAAAUCUAUGGUGGCUGUGAAGGCCCUGAUGCCAUGUAUGUCAAAUUAAUAUCUUCUGAUGGUCAUGAAUUUAUUGUAAAAAGAGAGCAUGCACUAACAUCAGGAACAAUAAAAGCCAUGUUGAGUCGCCCAGAUCAGUUUGCUGAAAAUGAAACCAAUGAGGUUAAUUUUAGAGAGAUUCCCUCACACGUGCUAUCAAAAGUAUUCAUGUAUUUUACCUACAAGAUUCGCUACACUAACAGCUCCACCAAGAUUCCCGAAUUCCCAAUUGCUCCUGAAAUUGCACUGGAACUGCCGAUGGCUGCGAACUUCCUAGACUGUUAA